UAGAAUUGUGGAGCUCAGAAGAUGUUUUGUAAAGCUACAGUCUAGGCCGUUUCCAGCAAGCAACACUGUGGAACACUGUGUAACACAGUGGUCACGAAUAGAAAUAUUUCGUUGAGUAAUCGAUAUACAUAUUGAGUUACUUAAAAAAAUAUAUAUAUUUCCUAAAUAUAUAAAAGGUUAAUAACGGGAUCAAUUUUAAAGUAAUAAAAAGCUGUUUCAUUUUGACUUUGUAGCAGAAACUGGAAUAUAUAUAGAAGGUAAGAAAUAUGCACGUAAUUUUAGUUUGAAAAAUGUAACGUAUAAAACUUGCAGGUUCGUUGUAAAAUAUCUUUUGCAGAUUUAGUUAACAUUGUAUAUACUUAUAAUGUGUCGCAGGGAGUUGAAAAGAAAAGAAUAUUUCGUUUUAUUUGAACAGUGAGCGUAUUUUGGCAUGCCAGCAAACGACACAGAGCGACACUGUGUUACAGUUACACUAUGCGUUCCAGCAAGAACGAAAUAACAUGGGCACCAUACGACUCUGUGUCGCACGGUGUUGCUCGUAUUAAAAUCGCGAUUGCGAAUUGCGACGAUGUUUCGCGGCCACCGUGCAUGCAGUGACGCUGUAUGUGUUAUAAUGCAAAUGCAAUGAGCACCGGCUGUUACAUCUCAAUAAAAAUGAAAAUUAUUGUUAAUUAAUGGACACAAAAUCGAAAAUGAGUGAAGAACUAAUCGAACCAAUCGCUACGAGGGAAUCCUCGAAAAAAAUAUCAGCGAUAAACAAAGAAACCGUUCAUCACAUUUGCUCCGGGCAGGUUGUUCUUGAUCUCGCGGUCGCUGUCAAAGAAUUGGUGGAAAACAGUAUUGACAGUGGAGCUACUGUCAUUGAUGUUCAACUUGUGGAUUACGGAAAAACCUGCAUCACUGUCAGUGACAAUGGAAGCGGUGUUUUGGAGCAAGAUUUCGAAGGUUUAGCACUAAAGCAUCACACAUCAAAGCUGAGAGAAUUUUCGGAUUUACAAGAAGUUGUUACAUUUGGAUUCCGAGGAGAAGCUUUGAGUUCGUUGUGCGCAUUAUCAGAUUUGAGCAUCACAACAAGGCACUCAACAAACGAUCACGCUUUCAAGCUGCAAUUCGACAAGAAUGGUGUAUUGGUAAAUAAGGAAAUUUGCGCUAGAGAAUUCGGGACUACGGUGGUUGUGAAAAACAUUUUCAAAAAUCUUCCAGUCAGAGCGAAAGAAUUCCAGAAAAAUAUCAAAAAAGAAUAUGCAAAAACUAUCCAAAUCCUGUACAGCUAUUGUCUGGUAUCAACGGGUAUAAAAAUAAGGUGUACAAAUAACUCUAAUGGAAAAGCGAAUCAAACACUAAUAUCCACAAUGGGGAGUAACAGUGUUCUGGAAAACGCUGAAUCGAUUUUUGGCAGAAAAUCGUUGGCAGGGUUGUCAGAAGUCAAAAUUGAACCACCGGACGAAACGACCCUCCAGGAAUACAAUUUGCCAGCGACAUUAAAGAUUGACUUCAGCUGGGAAUUUUAUGUGAGCAGCUGCGAACACACAAUGGGACGUUCCAGCGCGGACAGACAAUUUUUUUACGUCAAUGGUCGGCCUUGCCACUUGACGAAAAUCAGCAAAUUAAUAAACAACAUUUAUCACAAAUACAACAACAAACAAUAUCCUUUUGUGUAUUUGAAUCUGAAACCUGACCAACAGUGUGCCGAUGUUAAUGUCACACCUGACAAACGGACGAUUUUUCUUACUCAAGAAAAGUUUGUCCUCGCUACUAUCAAAUCAAAUUUGGUCAAUAGCUGGGACAAAAUGCAGGGAAAUUUCACCAUGAAAACCCUUCAAGAGCUCAAUUACACGCUCAAGAGAAGUGUCCCUCGGAAUAACAGUGGUUCCCCGAAUCCACCGACAAAAAAGCUUGCGCUCGAGAAACAGAAUGAAGGAUUUCCCACACAAAAGGACGAUGAGAACGUAGAUAAUGAAAAAGAAAAUUUGGUAGAAAAGCUCAAGGACCGUGAUCUCAGAAUUAGUUUAGAAUCGAUCAAAAGAUGUAUAUUACAAAAAUCUUGCUCGGCUCAAUCUUCUGAAAAAGAAUCCCAAAGGGUUAAGUAUAGAGUUCAAAUAGAACCGAGCAAGAGCGCAGAAGCUGAGAAAGAAUUAAAAAAGGAAUUGAAGAAAGAAUCUUUUGGAGAGAUGGCUAUUGUAGGACAAUUUAAUCUAGGAUUUAUUGUAGCUCGACUGCAAGGUGAUUUGUUUAUAAUCGAUCAACACGCGACUGACGAAAAAUUCCGUUUCGAAAAGUUAAACGAUGAGACCAAACUGAAGACUCAAAAAUUAAUUAUCCCAAAAUCUCUCAACCUCGCCGCUCUCAAUGAAUCAAUACUCGUUGAACAUCGACAGAUUUUUGAGGAUAAUGGAUUCACAUUUGAUGUUAACGAGAAUGAAAACCCCGGUAGCCGCGUCCGUUUAACGGGAAUGCCAACGAGCGGUGGUUGGCAAUUCGGUCAAGAGGAUAUAGAAGAACUAAUAUUUUUGAUAAGAGAAGGUGCCUCAGAUAAUAGCGGAACAGCGGAUACGAUACCGAGGCCUUCAAGGGUAAGGCAAAUGCUGGCAUCGCGAGCAUGUCGUGGUGCUGUAAUGAUCGGAAAAGCAUUGAACAUGUCAGAGAUGCGGCGUCUCCUUUGGCAAAUGGGAGAGAUGAAAAAUCCUUGGAAUUGUCCGCACGGAAGACCGACAAUAAGAGUGAGCAGUGGAAAUUACAGUGCCAGGGCACUGUGGAUGCCAGUGAAGUUCCUUGACAUCGGACUGUCCCUGAUGAAUGAAUAAAAGUUGAGGAGGCAAACCCGCCAAAUCGUUGUCCUGUUCCACGUCGUUCUGAUCUUGCUCGACUGAAAGAUCCCACUGAGCAAUUUGAUCGUCAGCUCCUCCAGACGCGAAAACCGUCGCUUCCUCCGGAUGCCAUUCAACGGUCGUCA